CAUCAUGCGAUCUUUCACUUUCACUAUUUCUUGAUCUGAGCGCAGUUGAACCGGGGAGGGUUCGAGGGCUUUUGGAGACCCCCCACCAUGAUUCCCUGCAGCCCUGUAGUUUAUUUCAUCCUGUCCUGUUCGACUGCUGUUAUCAGUGCUGAACAAUCCUUCUCCAGCUCCAAACUCCUGAGCACCGUGGAGGAACCUGCAUCUGAUCACAUCCAGCCCAGCUUUAUUAAGAACGAUCCUCCUGGAUUAGCAGGAUUCGAACCCGGGGAUCCUGCUUCAGAGUUCAGGGUUCGAACCCUGACCGGGGAGUUUGUUUAUCCGCUCCGUGAUAAUAACAAAUCCUCCGUGAUUAUUCACGCAUUCACCAAUAAAUCCGCCUUCCUGGAGUGUCUGUGGACCUCAAACUCGUCUCUGUCGGACCUGGUGGAGCUCCUGCCUGUCAGUACUGAGCUUUUGUUUCUGUCUCUGGAUGAUGCAGCAGCUCAGCAGGCUGUGUGGAUGAGAGAGCAGGUUUACCGAGCUGCUACUCACAGGAAUAAAGAAAUUUUGUCCAGACUUCAUUUCUCCCCCAUUCCGGUCUAUGCACUGGGGAACUGGAUACCGAGAGUCUUUUACUCCUGGGGAUGUGGUGGACACAACUGUGGCCUGGCUCAAGUUGUUUUCACUUCGCCAGCAUGGAAUGUGCCAGUUAUUGCCAAGCGCCUGAAUGCCAGGUAUGACUGGCUGAACGGUCGCUGGGAGAAAAAGGACUACAUUGUGGUGGACGCGGAUAAUGGCUGUGAACCCGUCCCUGCAGUUGCAGGUGCGGUGGCCUGGGUUUCUGAGAGUGGCUGCUCUUUCUUUACUAAGAUUAAAACCAUGGCCGAGUCCAAAGCCGUUGGAGUGCUGGUUUAUGCCGUGCCUGGUAACCCUAUCCAGGAUAUGAACUGUGUUGCGGAGGAGUGUAAUACCACCCUUAACAUCCCUGCUUCUAUGUUGCACUUCGAGCCAGAUGUAAUGCAGGCCUUGACAGCAGGGAAGCCGGUGAAUGUAUCGUUCCAGCUCACUCCAUCACCAAACUUCUUCAUUGCGAUCGAUCAGCAGGGAGCGCUGGCUGAGAUGGGCUGGUUCCUCUACCCCACUUUUCGCUUCAUCAGUUGGCAGGCUCAGUGGUUUAAUUUUCACGAGGACUUGCUGGAGCGUGUUAAUGCUCCUGCCACUGUGGUGCCAGUGUUGGAUAAUGUAAAGAUGCAGGGGGAGGCAGGUGCCCAGGCGGUGGUGGAGAUACCCUCAGAACUGUUUAUGUAUGAUGUGCUGGAGGUGGACGCGGCUCUGUCCUGUCCCGGUCGCAGGGACGAAUCCUGCGCUCACUGGGAUCACACGGUACAGCUGUUCAUCUGUUGUGAUCUCUCCAGUUCAUACUGCAACCAGGAGCUGGGACGCUGGAUCACAGCCUUCCGCAGAGGCACUGGUCGCUGGCUGACGGAUGUAUCACCCCUCCUCCCGCUACUGAAUGGGAAGCGAUGUGCACUGACCAUGAAGACUGUUCCAUGGGCAAUGCCAUGGAUAGCCUCCCUCAACCUGCGCUUCAGCCACAGCAACCAGUCAGGAAACCUUUCAGAUAGACUUUACCCUUUCACACUGACAUCACUGUACAACGGAGGAACAUUCGACAAGGACUACAACACCAGAUACCAUGAGAUCAAGUUCAUUAUUCCUGCUUCAACUAAGAAGGUGGAGCUGUACGCUGUUAUUACGGGACACGGCAGUGAUGAUAACAACUGUGGUGAAUUCUGUGUGACGUCACAUUUUUUCCUCAUCAACGGCAUCCACAACAACUCCCUCACCUUCGACUCAGCGGGAUCAGCGUUGGGCUGCACUGAGCAUGUGGAUAAGGGAGCAGUCCCUAAUGAGCAUGGCACAUGGCUGUACGGGCGUGGUGGCUGGUGCGAUGGGCUGCAGGUCGACCCGUGGAAAGUCGAUAUCACUCCACAGCUGGAUAUGGAGGGUCCGAACACAAUCCUCUAUUUUGGACUCUUUGAGGGACGGAACCCCAGUCCGUCCAGAGACCCCGGCUACAUCAUCAUGUACUCCUAUCUUGUUUUUUAUAAGUAAUCAAGAUUGUUGUUGCACUGUACGUGAAAUUGACAUGAUUAAAAUGUUUAUUUUUGAAA